CACUCCCCCCUUUUCAUGCUGAAUGGAACAUCCUGAAGUGGUCCAGUCUCCGGCUAGUCUAGGGUAGGCGUUUCGUGCAACUGAACUGACAACAGAAGAAGUUAAGGUACACUCACUGUCGGUUCAAGUUGUACAGUAAAAAUUCACGCCAGUGACAUAAAUGAAGUUCCAGUGCUUUUACCUAUUAUUGCAGGGAUCACUUAAAGUUUGUUUCAUUCACUUUUCUCCAACUUAUCUUGAGGAAAGACAAACGUGGCUUGGAGUAUAGCAGGACUCCAACAUUUGGGAAUGCUUCCUCGUUCGGUAAAGACAGGAGAGCAGAGUGAAAAGAUAUUCAUUCCCCACAAAAGUCAUGUUGUACUGGACUGUACUGCCUGAUUGGAAAGUAUUGUUUUUGGUGACUCUUCUAUGGGACUGCUGCUUCUGUGCUGAGGAACUGAAGCCCACAAGAUGGCCACUGUAUCCCCAAAAGCCUCUGGUCCUGGCCUGGAAUGCCCCGACGGAGGACUGCGGCCCGCGGCACAGUAUCCAUUUUCAGCUGGAGCAGUUCCAGAUUGUGGCGUCGCCCAACGAGGGCUUUGUCCGCCAGAACCUCACCAUAUUUUACAAGGACCGCUUAGGGUUGUACCCCUACUAUGAUGAGCCUGAUGGUACAGCCAUGAACGGUGGGCUCCCGCAGGUUGCCAGUCUCACUCAGCAUCUGGAGAAGAUGCCGGAGGGCAUUCAGUAUUACAUACGUGAACCAGGGGCUAAGGGACUGGCAGUUAUUGACUGGGAGGAAUGGAGACCACUGUGGAUCCGCAACUGGGACUUCAAGGAUGUGUACCGCAGACGGUCACGCCAGCUGGUGGCCGAGAAGAACCUAGCUUGGCCCGCAGAGCGUGUGGCUAAGGUGGCCCAGCAGGAGUUUGAGAUGUCGACCCGGAAGUUCAUGCUGGAGACCCUGAGGCUGGCCAAGAGCCUGCGGCCCAACCAGCUGUGGGGGUUCUACCUGUUCCCAGACUGCUACAACCACGACUACAGGAACACUCUGGAGAACUACACAGGCCGCUGUCCUGACGUGGAGGUGGCCCGGAAUGAAAUGCUCAAAUGGCUGUGGACUGAGAGUACAGCCCUCUUCCCUUCCGUCUACAUGAGCACAGUGCUACGCUCUUCGCCCUCUGGGCGCCAGUUUGUCCGGAACCGUGUGAAGGAGGGGAUGCGUCUGGCAUCAGGAGGAGACGGGCUGGCACGUCCUGUCUUUGUGUAUGCCCGGCCCACCUACGCCAACGUAUUGGACCUGCUGACAGAGACGGACCUGGUCUCCACCAUCGGGGAGAGUGUGGCUCUUGGGGCCGCAGGCAUCAUCCUCUGGGGAGACCAUGUUUAUGCAGGCAGCAAGACCAGUUGCUUCAGUCUGAAUGAGUACCUACAGGGUCCGCUGGGCCGGUACCUGCUCAAUGUCUCCACGGCAGCAGAGCUGUGCAGCCAGAGGCUGUGCGGUUCCCAAGGACGCUGCCUGCGCAGACACCCUGACACUGACGCCUACCUGCACCUCAGCCCCCUCACCCACAGCAUAGUCAGCCUGGAAAAUGGCAAAUUCAAGGUUCAAACUCUAGGUCAGCUUGGGGAAGAGGAGAUAAUGGGCUUUCAGAGAGAGUUUCAGUGCCAGUGCUAUAGUGGCUACCAGGGAGAGGGUUGUGGCCAGAGAGACCCCCUACAACAAAGAGGUAUCGCACCUUUAGUCAUGGGGACAUGGGUUCACUGUCUGCUCCUGCUACUCCUCACACUCCUGCUCUGACUGAUUGCAUACAUACAUAGUUCAUACAGCUACAUUUAAAAUGAUUUAAUGUGUAUUGGUAUACACAUGACAUUAUCUACACACUUCCACAUACAUACACUGGGACAAAUACAAAUGUAUUCACUGUGGCCCAGGUUGCUGUAAGGUUGGUGAAUCUAUGAUUAGAUGGUGGAACACUGUGGAACACGUACGUAGAGUUAUGGUUGUUUGUGUGUUUUGAUUUUCUUGAUACAUUGGAGGGCUCGCUGGAAAUAACUUUGUUUACAUUGCUCUCGCUCUUUCUCAGUUUCCCCCCCAACAAUAUAUAUCUCUCUCAUGCCUCUUCUUCCCACAACCCCCUUUCCUUUCUACAACCCCUCCCCUUUUAAGUUGUAAUUUUCUCAUGAUCCCAGUUUUGUUUUUGUGUGGUAGUUUUCAGCUUAUGAUGUAUGUACAGGUUUGUGUUGUGUGUGUGCCAAAAUGGGACAGAUGCACUUGAUUUUUUUAAUAGCACAAAAUAGUACUUAGUGCCUGACCUUUUACAUUGUUAUCUUUAGGUAAAAGUUCAUAUUUAUAUGAAUGUAUUUUCACACAAGAAAAAGUUUUUGUUAUUUUAUGACAAAUUUUAUGACAAAAACAAGACUACUAUUUUCUCUCCAGAAUUGUGCAUCUAUUUUACUGUGUACUGUGUUUCAAUCUCUCAAAAUAAAUCAAAGCUGUAACAUCCAA